AUGGCCGCCACGACCUCAACGUUCAACCACGACCACGACCACGCAGCACCAGUAAGGCCUUCCCUCAGCCGCUCAGAUGUUACCAUGCGGCGCACGCUACGAUCCGGCAACUCGUUUGGCAUAUGGGACGGCGAAGCGAUCGACGUCGUCGACUCUCAGUUCAACCUUGCCGAAUAUGUGAAGCGCAGCGUUGAGGAGGAACGCGACGAGCUGUCCGACGACGAGAACGAAUACGAAUACGGCACCCCCGACCACUGCACUGGCCUCGAUGCGCAAGCGCGCUCCUGCCCUACGGCCGCCGCGGAAGCAAUCCUACCCCAGCCAGAAGGUGCUGCGGCGCGUGCAUGUGGCACAUUCGAUGGCUACGAGCGCCCCAAGCGCCGCACUCGCGAGCACCGCAAGCGCAAGCGCGAGGCUGCCAAGCUCACUGCAGCAGAUGAGGCCGACGUUGAAGUGCGUGAGUCGACGCGCCGCAAAUACAUCGACAACGCGGAGCCCCUCAGCACGGGAAUACGCCUGACCGGCCUGCGCGUUACGCGGACAGGCUAUACUGCUAUGCGCGACGCUACGCUGCAGGGCCGGCCGUAUCGUCUGGACGAACUCGUGGGUCCCCAAUCAAAGUUCAAGUUCAACCUCGUUCCUUGGAAUGGCAGAAAGCCCGUCCCCCUCCUCGCCAACGGCAGGCUCGUCUUCGGCUGCAUGCCCGGCCGCCCCGAUGACUCCCCCGGCUGGGACGAGGACAUGAAAGACUGGGCGAAGACCAUUCACGAAACCCUCCCCCACCUCACGCUCACGUCUGCUCAGAAAGAGCACCGUCGCGGCUCCUUCCCCGCCACCGCGCACGGCCACUCAUACGGCGGCGGCCAACAGCAACCCAUGACCAUCAGCGAGCACCCUAAGAACGCGCCACAUUUCAGGCGCAUCAUGGAACAUCCAGGGGCAAUCCGCUCCUCCGGCUUCAACAACGGCGCAACCAAGGGGUGGGCCCCUAAGCUUCACACCUACCUCCGCGAUAAUCGCCGCAUCCUACGCAGCCGCCUCCCUCAUCUCCGGCACAAUUUCCGCUCCAGCGUGUGGGCCGCCACCACCGUCAACUACGGCCCGCGUACGGCGACUUACCCCCACAAAGACUACGCUAACCUUCCCUGGGGCUGGUGCCCCAUCACGGCGCUGGGGAACUACGACCCCAAGCGCGGGGGGCACUUGGUCCUUUGGGAGUUGGGCCUGGUCAUCGAGUUUCCCCCCAGAUCGACGAUCAUCAUUCCCUCCGGCCUGCUAACCCACUCUAACGUCUCGGUCGGCCCUAACGAGACACGGUUCUCCGUCACCCAGUAUACGGCAGGUGCGAUCAUCCGCUGGGUUGACCAGCAGUUCCAGACGAAGGAGGCAUUCCUGGCUGGGCUGAGCCCUGAGCGCCGGGCGGAGGAGGCGGCGAAGGACAAGACGCGCUAUCUGCGCGGCCUCGCCAUGUUCUCAACCCUGGACGAGCUGCAGGCGCGCCACGAGGCGAAGGGGGACGCAGACGAGGACUCUGACCUGACGGAAUUGGAGGACGAAGACAGGGAUGACCUAGAUGUGUAG